AUACUGACGACGACCGCUACAACUGACAGGCUAUUGAUUAGUAUUCCGACCAGAACGGCACAUUGCUUUUAUCCGAAACUGACUUUUACAUAGCCAACAAAGUCGAGUCAUUGUUAAACCGAGAUUACCAGUAACAUUUUGUGAGCUAAAGCAAUUCAUAAAAUCAGUCACAAGAGGGCAGUAUGAAUGUUGUAGGAGUAGGGCGGAACUCACAACACAGAUGGUCGUGAUUGCACAUCAUCUCAUGAGGUUUUCAUACUGUCUGCGUAGCUAUAUGCAUAACAGUGUAGACUUAGGGACAGAUUUCUACACGCAUACCGUGACCUUUAGCAGUGAGGUAACCAGAGUUUUAAAGAGGGAAGUUGACGACCACUCUGACCAGAUAAAACUGCUGGGAGGGAAAAUGAGUUGCCUUCCUUUUUAACCCCUGUUCCUCACAGUCUGUGUUCUGUUUACAGUUUUUUAUGGCACUUCCUGGCUGCAGAUUUGCUGUUUGGAAACAUGGCUGAACCCAGGGAGAUAAAGAGUUUAACAGCACUGACUAUGAACUAUACAUGUCCUCAAUUCAAGUCUGGUAUGAUACUUUUGUUGCACAUCAUCCCUCUGUUCCUCCCAAUGAUAUCCAAACGGCAACGGUGCCUCAGCAACAGAGCUCCACAGCAACAGCGUGCCGUGUCUCCCCAAUGGAGCUGCCAUUGGGUGGACCAGCGCUCAGGCACUACACCCAGAGCAGACCGAGACCUCACCGACAAAAACUGAACUACCGUCCCAGCAGACCGCAGGAAACGAUAAUUGAGAGUGACAAUGAAGCCCUUGAGUUCAUGGGGAGGGUGGAUGAAGGAGUUGAAGAGUUCUUUACUAAGAGAGUACUUCCUGCUGAUACACUGAAAAAGCCAGAUGAGGAGUCUAUCACAGUUCAUGAGGUGGCUCCUGCCAGUUCUGUCCCUUGUCCACCCCCAGCGAAAACUCUCAGGAGGAAGCUUGGUGAUUUCUUUACACUCAAAAAGAGACGCGGUCUAAAAUCCGAAACAAGCCAAGAGGGGCGUCCUAAAAAGGCCUCCAUCGCUGAUUUCAUCCGCCCUCUCAGGGAUAAAGAAAAAGAUAAGGACAGAGUGAAGGAACACGACAAGGAAAAUGAAAAGGAGAAAGCGAAAGAACAUCCCAGCGCUGUUACCGGAGAGACAGCUGUUCAGGAGACACCUGUUUCUGGUGCUCCGCCGCUGAGAAGUGACGCGGUGCCUCCCCGUCGAGCUCUCAGAGAGGGGAAAUCCCAGUCUCUCAUUCUGCUGUCUGGAUCAUCAGCAGCAGGGACUACUAAUGCCAGAAACACCGCAAAGAAAUCGUUUGAAGGCCAACAUAGCUUUGAACAGAAACUCCAUCUUAUGCUUCAGCGUAUUGGAGUUUCCAAAGCUCAGCCGGGAGAGACACAGAAUCAGGAGGGAGAGAUGAAAAAAGCAGAAUCUGAAGGUACUAUCAUUGACAGUAAACCUGAGCCUCCACCUACUUUCACAAAACCUCGAACAAUGUCUGCGUCGUCAGAUACAAGGCAUCAAAUUCGCCCAAGUGUGUCAGUACACGAGUCAGCUGGGAAACCUGCUUUGCUUCCAAAGCCAGUUCUCAAGCCAGGUCCACCCCCUGCAACAUCUGGUCGCAACACACCUGAGAAUGAGCUAACCCAAAUACAGGAAGGAGAGACAAACACACCCACUAAACUCAGUCCAAGUGCAGCUCUAUCCACACCUGCUGCUCCUGCCCACGCUGCUACUACAACUACUGCGGUAGCAACAAUCUCAAGCUCAGUCCCCGACUCAAACAAUUUUACGAUUUCCCCUUCAAGUACUGUACUGCCCUCUGACACAGUCAUAUGCACCGACUCUGUAAACCCUCCUGCAGCAGCUACAACACCCACGAAUGUUACAGAGUUUGACAACAAGCCCCCCGUCCCUGAAGCUAAUGCUAAUACCACUGAACUAUCCGCGGCUAGCUUUCCAACAAACCUUACAAGCACAGCUACACCCAUAGAACCCACCACUGGUGUUUCAGUUACCUCCACUUCCUCUGAGUCAAUUACGCCAACCGUCUCUGUCACUUCCACCUCAACAACAAUAACUACGCCUUCCAUUAGCACCCCUGAAGCUGUUUCUGCUCUCAGCAAUAAAAACCAGAUUUCCAUAACAUCAACAAAUCUGUCAACUAUAUUGGCAUUCCCAGAGCCAAAUGGUAUUAUUUCAGUUGAUCCCACUGCUACUCCUGAUGCUAUUUCUGUCAUCGCCACAGCUUCUUUCCCUGCCGCCAUCGUGUCAGUUGAUGUGUCAGUUACCACCAGUUCAGUUACUGAAGCCAGUGAUGAUUUCUCUUCAGUCAUCCCUGCUGCCUCUGUAACUUCAGCCUCAUCAGUCACUAAAACAACAUCUCCACCCUCUGACUCAUGUGAUACCAUUACACCCCACACCCCCGUUACCUCUUCCUCCUCCCUGGUCUCUGCUGCCCUUCCUCCCACCAGUUCCACCUCAUCCACCAUCACUACCACUGCUACUGCAAGCCCAGCAUCCACCGACAGCAUGGACUUGAUCGCUGCUUCCACCUUCACUCACCCAGUCACCCCUAGCUGUGCUGAUAUCGCUGCUCCCUCCACUUCCUCAAGUGAAACAAACCCUACAGACACGACUACCACCACAACAAGUUUAAAUCAAACAGAUACCAUUCCCACCAGUUCAGCAACCGCACCUGCAAUUAGCAGCCCACUCCCAACUGACUCAGACCAACCUUACACUAGCAAUGUCAGCACUGCCCUCACACCAACUAUCUCUGACCUCCCCGCUACUGAUAACACAAAUGCUACUUCCCACCAUUUGACCAGUUCAGCGCCCUCUAAUGGUAGUCCUGACAAAGACAAUGCUUCACCGCCAUCUCCUGAAAAAACAACCAGAGCAGAGCCUCCAGAGGAGAGUGCAGCAGCAGAUGAAGUGUUUGAGAUGAUUCAAAUGAAUAAGAAAACAGAAACAGAUGAGAGCACGAAAAUCAUUGACGGUGGGAAGGACAGCGAGAAUGAAAAGGAUAAACCAGCUCUGGUCAACAGCAAAAUAACAGCGAAAGAAGUGCAGGAAGAAAGUAUGAAACCUGAGGAAGACGCAGUGGAGACGGAGGUGGGAAUGGCUGAAACUGCAUCAGGGAAAGAUUGCGAUCUGACUCACAAUGAGGGGGUGAUAGAAGAUCAGAAACAAAAAGAAACCAAGUCCGUGAAGGAGAAGUAAUUCAAAAAUAAAGAAAUUGCUAAAUAUGGGACCAACUACUGUGACAGGGGCAGGAGAGGCCACAGUAAAGGGUAAAGGGUGGGGUGGGUGGGCUGAUGAUCCAUGGCACUUCCUACAGGGACCACCACAUUACAGCAGCACACCACAAAGGGUGGGCCACUGGACCAAAGAACUGAGAUCCCCUUGGUGUGAUGUAAUCAACAAAUCCAGCAGUGUCUUUGUCCUUUUUUAACUUUUGUUUGAAUUUUUGCAUUGCACGCAUGAUUAUGUACCAUAAAACAACUACUGUGUGAAAAUACACCAUGUUUACAAUAGAUGGAUAAGAGACAUAGUUAUGACUAUUAAAUGGAAUAUUGAAUUGA